GCAGGUGGGAUUGGACAGCGACGAAGGCCGGCGGGCUCGCCUUGGACCCAACUGGCGAGGCUGCUAGAGUUGCAGCGGGGCAGUUGGGGCGGCUCCGCAGGCCCAGUAAAAGAUUCUGAGGGAAAUGACUCUGAAGCAGAAGACCUGAAUUUCAGGGAGACUUUGCCUUCAUCAAGUAAGAAAAAUACACCUAGAUCAAAGGUUUUUGAAAAUGAAGUUAACUCAGAGAAGGUAAAACCUUCUCUUCGGAAUUUCCCACGUAAUGAUUAUGAGGAUGUUUUUGAAGAGCCUUCAGAAAGUGGCAGUGAUCCCAGCAUGUGGACAGCCAGAGGCCCCUUCAGAAGAGACAGGUGGAGCAGUGAGAAUGAGGAGCCUGCAGGGCCCUCACAGGCUCUCUCCCCUCUACUUUCUGAUAUGCACAAAAUUGUUUCUGAAGGGGAACUACAUCAGUUGGCUCAGAUUCGGCCAUUAAUAUUCAAUUUUCAUGAGCAAACAGCCAUCAAGGAUUGUUUGAAAAUGCUUGAGAAAAAAACAGGAGCAUAUGAUAUCAUGCAGGAAUUUAUGGCUUUGGAACUGAAGAAUCUGCCUGGUGAGUUCAACUCUGGGAAUCAACCAAGCAACAGAGAGAAAAACAGAUACCGAGAUAUUCUUCCAAACAGGAACUAGUCACUCUGUAAAACAGUUGCAGUUCAUCAAGUGGCCAGACCAUGGCACUCCUGCCUCAGCAGAUAGCUUCAUAAAAUAUGUUCGUUAUGCAAGGAAGAGCCACUUUACGGGACCCAUGGUUGUUCACUGCAGUGCUGGCAUAGGCCGGACAGGGGUGUUCCUAUGUGCGGAUGUCGUGUUCUGUGCCAUCGUAAAGAACUGUUCAUUCAACAUUAUGGAUAUAGUGGCCCAAAUGAGAGAACAACGUUCUGGCAUGGUUCAAACGAAGGAGCAGUAUCACUUUUGUUACGAUAUUGUGCUUAAAGUUCUUCGGAAACUUCUGACUUUGGAUUAAGAAAGACUUCUGUUGCCUCUCACUUGAAAUUACCAAGUGGCUUUGAGCCUCCUCAUAAAGAACAUGUUCGCACUGUGCUGAAGGGCUUUGCUAUGCAUACAGUCUGCUUUCUUGGUUUAUCAAUUUAUUUUCUUUCUAAAAGCUCCCUGAAGGGCAGCAUCAUUUGGCUUGGGGUGAACAGUAUUUACUCAUUGAUCUUGCUAGACAAUAUCAAAAUACCUUCCCACAUUUUCCAGUGAAACAGAUGUUACAUAAAACAGUUGCAGCUUGGCUAUUUGGUUGAAGGGAUUACAGAGCCUAAUAAAGGGUUUAAACUAUAUUCAUUAAGAUUUUAUUUGGAAAGGUGGCUGGAGAGAGCUGAGGAUUUCCAGGACUUUAUAAGCUCUUAUUCUGGGAGAACAUAAGGCCAAUAAACUACAGGAUCACAUCAUGACCUCUUCCAGGCAUUCUUAAGACAGAUAUCUAUUCAUGGUCUUUAGUUAGAGCCUGUACUUCUAGCUGGCAUUUGAAUAACCCAGUUUAAAAAGAGUUCAGUUAGGGUGGACUAACUUUGGACACAAAUUGGCUUCCAUUUCCUACAUUUUCACACUGCUGCCUUCCUACAGCAGCUAGACAAGGACCUGUUGGUCUGGGAAGCAUUUCACGGAUGGGGAGAGCUCCUCUUGGUGAACAGUCCAAAACUGAAAUAGAUGUUUAUAUAGAAAGUCCAAGAGGAGAUUUUUGCCAGGCCUGAGUUCUUUCCUAUCCCACCCUAACCCUUAACAUAUUACUUAGUCUGCUUUGUUAAAAGCAAAUAUUACAUUUAACUUGCCUCUUACUCUUUGCCCUUUAGCUAACUCAUAAAGUUUGACAUAGGCAUUAUUAUAUAAUUCUGAGUCAUUCAUGGUAUCUCUUAUGUUUGAUGUAUUUUUCAAACUAAGAUCUAUGAUAGUUCUUUUUCCAGAGUUCCAUUAUAUCAUUUAUUUCCAUUACUUUCUCACCUCUGUUGAAAUAUUUAGAAACUGGAUUUGGGAACCAGAGUUUGGAAAACCAGAUUCAUAGUCAUGAAAAUGGAAACUUCCAUAUUCUGUUUUUGAAAAGAUGGGGCCAUUAUUACAUUAAUUUUAUUAUAGGACUUUGCCUCGUACAAUUAGUAGUGAUAUUUUGGGCAAGGAGUUUUGGUGACCAGUUAUACCUAAUUAUAAGCUAUAAAACAAUAGAUAUGAAUGUUUAUACAGUUUAACUCAGUGGAGAUCAGAAUAUUCUAUUUAUUGAGAAAAUGUUUAAUGUCAAUCUAUAAAUCUUGAAUUUCUAAGACCCUUACUUUGUUAUUUUGGCUGAAUAAGUAUAUUUGAAUUGAUUGACUAAUUGAUAACUCUCCUUUUAAGUAUAAUUAUAUGCCAAAAAUAUAUUUGAUGUUAAAUCAAAUAGAUGAUUCUGUUUACAUUGUUCAUAUGAAUAAUAGUCUGUGUUAAUUUCAUUUUGAUAAUUGACCUUUAAUAUUUAUAUCUCUAAUUUUAUUUUCUCUCUGUUACUGUAAAAUAAUAGCUAUAAUGUAUAACAAUUUUCUUCAGAAGAAUUCUAUGCUAUUAUUAAAAUAAAAUAUUUACUAUG